GCUUCAAUGACAGGUUAGGUUGAGCGGUGGAGGACUUCCUUGUUGCCCUGAAAGGUGGAGACAGGAUGAACGUUGGCGUCGCUCACAGUGAGGUUAAUCCCAACACUCGGAUAAUGAACAGCCGGGGAAUCUGGCUAGCCUACCUCAUUUUAGUUGGAAUUCUCCAUGUCGUACUGCUGAGUAUUCCGUUCUUCAGCAUUCCGGUGGUGUGGACUCUCACUCAUGUCAUCCACAACUCGGCCAUGUAUUGGUUUCUGCACACGGUUAAAGGAACACCCUUUGAGACGCCAGACCAAGGGAAGGCACGAUUACUGACACACUGGGAGCAAAUGGAUUAUGGGAUCCAGUUUACGUCGUCACGCAAAUUUCUCACCAUCACGCCAAUAAUUCUGUACAUUCUAGCAAGUUUCUACACUAAAUAUAAUGUUGUUCAUUUCCUGGUGAACACUACAUCUCUGCUCACUGCUCUCAUUCCCAAGCUCCCUCAGUUGCAUGGGGUCCGUCUGUUUGGCAUCAACAAGUAUUGAUCGGGUAGUUGGGAGCUGAGCGAAUGCUGCCAGUGGCUCCAGCUGGCCUCAGAAGGGGGCUAGUAUGAGUGAUGGGCACAACAUACUGAGACAAUGAACUGAGAAGAAACUGCUGGCACCACCUAUCAAUUAGCAACUACAGGUUAAGUACUCCUUAUCCGAAACGCUUGGAGCUGGAAGUGUUUUGGAUUUCUUUGGAUAUUGGAAUAUAUAAUGAGAUAGCUUGGGAUCACCAUCAUUUACGACUCUGAAUUUAUGUGCAACUGGUAAGCUGUCUUUGUCUUACACUUGUUUAUCAGUAGAAAUUAUUACAUACUAUUAAUAUAAUGAAAAUAUAAUGUGUGCAGGGUAACAAAAGCAGCACAACAGUGUCGGCAGAAUACCUGAAUCAGCUGUUGUACAACAACACUGGCAGGAUUUCAGUCUCCACCUACCACGCCGUGUUUUAAUUAAAAGAUUACAGUACACUUUAAUGCUGUUAUGUACAGUGUAAAAAUAAUCAGCAUUGUAGACGACUUCUGCUGUUAGAUUUUCCUGAUCAGCAAUUUAAAAAUUUAAUGCCAUGCCUUUUCUUAAAUUUCUGUAACCAGCUUGCAGAAUAUUCACAAUUUUCCUUCAAUGACCUUCAAUUUUCAGUUCGUCAUGAUAGAUCUUUGCUCAUUUCAUGAUCAGCGUACUAUUAAGCGGCAUAUGAUGUCGAGAACACGAUUGAGAGCUUUUUCACUUUAUGCCAUGUCUUUCUAUUUUUCAUUAACUUCUAUUCAUUCAUAUGUGAGGUCACUUCACAGAACUGUUCAUGGUGAGCAGAGAUCUGCGCAUCGCCUGGGAACCUUCCUAGCACCUUUGUGAGGUCAUGACAUAGCUCAAAAAAUUUUCAAAUUUCAGAGGCUUUCAGAUUUUGGAAUUUCGGAUAAGGGGUAUUCAACCUGUACUUACUUACUUGCCCAAGUGGCAGACAUUGUAUGUAGGAAUUGUUCUCUUGUGGAUAAGCUGCUUGUGUAUAAUUUUGUAUUUCUUUUUUCUCCUUUUUGCGUCAAUUGUACACAUAUAAAAGGUUUAUAUUCACCAAGGGUGUGGUGGUUUGUACACACAAGAACAUGAAAAUGCAUACAUGCAAGUCUAUCUUCUAUCUACACUUCUCAGAUUCUACCCUUCUGAGAAUCUCCAGAGGCAAAAAAAAAGACCUGUGCAGUACAUUUUAUAAAAUCUCUUCAUUGUUCCUACACCAUUCUAGAAAGCAUUUACUGUAAUUCCUCUUGUAACAACAGAGCAAUUACUUGAUCCUUGUCUGAUUAUGGUCCAGUGAGCUACAGUAAUUACACCCAGUAACAAGACACUGGCAUUUCAUGACCACUGGGUGAGGCGAUGAUACCCUUGGCUCUUAUACAGGAUAAUAAAUGGGUUGUACUAAUAUCGUCAAGAUUCAAUGCAUUAAUCCUGGUACUCGUUAUAGUUCUUGAUGGAAAGUACGACUUCACUCUUCCUGUAAGCCACUUCUCAAAUGCUACCACCUAACAUAUUUUACUCAGUAACACACAUUUAGUGACAAGCAUAAUCACACACAUUAAAACUAUUAAUCCGUGGAAUAAGUAAAUUUCUGGUCCAGCUGUCGAAGAGCUGAUUAACUAAGGCUAAAACACUCUAAAAUAUUGGAGUAUUGUGUUCAGUUCAGUUCUGGUCAUCUCAGAAGGAUGUGGAAGCUUUAGGCUGUAGACAACAGGAUCAUAAGACAUAAGAACAGAAUUAGACCAUUCUGCCCAUUGAGUUUGUUGUCAUUCCAUCAUGGCUGAUUUAUUAUCCCUCUUCUACCUUCUCCCCAAAACCUUUGAUGCUCUUACUAAAAGAGUAUACACUCUGCUUUAAGUAUACACAAUGACAGUCUCCACAGCUCUCUGUGGCAGUGAGUUUCACAGAUUCACCGUCCUCUGGCUAAAGAAAUUCCUCAUUACUGUUCCAAAUGGAUGCGCCUCUAGUCUAAAGCUGUGUGUCUGGUCCUAGAUUCCCUCACUAUUGGAAACAUCCUCUCCUCAUCCACUCCGUCUAAGCCUUUCAAUAUUCAAAAGGUUUCAAUGAGAUCCCCACUCAUUCUUCUAAACUCCAGUGAGUAAAGGCCCAGAGUCAUCAAAUGCUCCUCAAAUAUUAACCCUUUCCUUUGCAGAAUCGUUCUUGUGAUCAUUCAGAAUCAAUCUCGUGAUUCUUGAAAGAUCACUACUAAUGCCUCCACAAUCUCUUCAGCUACCUCUUUCAGAACCCAGGGUCUGUCUGACUUAUCUACCUUCAAAUCUUUCCACUUCCCAAGCACCUUCUCCUUAAUUGCAACUUCAUUCACUUCUGCCCCACCCCCCACACUCUUGAAUUUUGGGCAUACUAUUGGUGUCUUCCACAAUGAAGUCUGACGCAAAAUAUUUAUUCAGUUCACCUGCCAUCACUUUGUUCCCCAUUACUCUCUCCAGCAUCAUUUUCCAGUUGUCCAAUAUCCACUCUUGCCUCUCUUUCACUCUUUACCUAUCUGAAAAUCUCUCUUUAGAGAGGGUGCAGAGAUUUUCCAGGACGCUGCCUUGCUUAGAGUGCUUGUCUUAUGAGGAAAGGUUGAACAAGCUCCUUUUCUGUGCAGCUAAGGAGGAUGAGAGGUGACUUGAUAGAGGUGUACAAGAUGAUAAAAGGCAUAGAUAGAGUGGACAGCCAGCACAUUUUUCCCCAGUGUGAAAUGGUUAAUAUGUUUUUUUUACAGGGAGAGUGGUAGGUACAUGGGCACUGCCAGGGGUGGUGGUAGAGGCAGAAACAUUAGGGACAUUUAGGAGCUUAGCCUCCGUUUUUCUUUAACCCAUGUGCCUAUCUAUGUGGGAGGGUAGUGUUAGAAUGAUCUUGGAGUAAGUUAAAAGGUUAGUCCAACAUUGUGGCCAUAGGUCCUGUACUGCCCUGUUCGAUGUUUCUAACCCACAGCAUAAGUUGUUACAGGACUCCAAGUAGUGCCACACUGGUUAUUCUUGACUCUAUUUCUAAAGUUAAAUAGCUUUAGAAGUAGGGAGGGAGGCAAAAGAGGUGGGGGCGUGGCACUGUUGAUCAGACAUACUGUACAGCUGCAGAAAAGGAGGAAGUCAUGGAGUCUCUGUGGGUGGAAGUUAGAAACAGGAAGGGGUCAAUAACUCUACUGGGUGUUUUUUUUAAAUAUACAGACCACCCAAUAGUAACAGGGACAUCGAGGAGCAGGUAGGGUGACAGAUUCUGGAAAGGUGUAAUAAUAACAGGGUUGUUGUGGUGGUAGAUUUCAACUUCCCAAAUAUCAAUUGGCAUCUCCCUAGAGAGAGGGGUUUAGAUGGGGUGGAGUUUGUUAGGUGUGUUCAGGAAGGUUUCUUGACACAAUAUGUAGAUAGGCCUACAGGAGGAGAGGCUGUACUUUAUCUGGUAUUGGGAAAUGAACCUGGUCAGGUGUCAGAUCUCUCGGUGGGAGAGCAUUUUAGAGAUAGUGAUCACAAUUCUAUCUCCUUUACCUUAACGUUAGAGAGGGAUAAGAACAGACAAGUUAGAAAAGUGUUUAAUUGGAGUAAGGGGUAAUAUGAGGCUAUCAGGCAGGAACUUGGAAGCAUAAAUUGGGAACAGAUGUCCUCAGGGAAAUGUAUGGAAGAAAUGAGACAAAUGUUCAGAGGAUAUUUGUGUGGAGUUCUGCAUAGGUACGUUCCAAUGAGAUGGAAAGGAUGGUAGGGUAUAGGAACCGUGGUGUACAAAGGCUGUCGUAAAUCUAGUCAAGAAGAGCUUACAAAAGGUUAAAAAAAAUAGGUAAUGAUAGAGAUCUAGAAGAUCAUAAGGCUAGCAGGAAAGAGUUUAAGAAUGAAAUUAGGAGAGCCAGAAGGGGCCAUGAGAAGGCCUUGGCGGACAGGAUUAAGGAAACCUCCCCUCCCCAAGGCAUUCUACAAGUAUGUGAAGAGCAAAAGGAUAAGAUGUGAGAGAAUAGGACCAAUCAAGUGUGACAGUGGAAAAGUGUGUAUGGAACCAGAGGAGAUAGCAGAGGUAAUUAAUGAAUACUUUGCUUCAGUAUUCACUAUGGAAAAGAACCUUGGUGAUUGUAAGGAUGACCUACAGCGGACUGACAAGCUUUAGCAUAUAGACAUUAUGAAAGAGGAUGUGCUGGAGCUUUUGGAAAGCAUCAAGUUGGAUAAGUCACUGGGACUGGACAAGAUGUACCCCAGGCUACUGUGGGAGGCGAGGGAGGAGAUUGCUGAGCCUCUGGCAAUGAUCUAGUAGAGAUAGCCCAGGAAAUUAUAGACCAGUGAGUCUUACUUCAGUGGUUGGUAAGUAGUUGAUGGAAAAGAUCCUGAGAGGCAGGAUUUAUGAACAUUUGGAGAGGCAUAAUAUGAUUAGGAAUAGUUAGCAUGGCUUUGUCAAAGGCAGGUUGUGCCUUACAAGCCUGAUUGAAUUUUUUGAGGAUGUGACCAAACACAUUGAUGAAGGUAGAGCAGUAGAUGUGUAUAUGGAUUUCAGCAAGGCAUUUGAUAUGGUACCCCAUGCAAGGCUUAUUGAGAAAGUAAGGAGGAUCUAAGGGGACAUUGCUUUGUGGAUCCAGAACUGGCUUGCCCACACAAGGCAAAGAGUGGUUGUAGACGGGUCAUAUUCUGUAUGCAGGUCAGUCACCAGUGGAGUACCUCAAGGAUCUGUUAUGGGGCCUCUACUCUUUGUGAUUUUUAUAAAUGACCUGGAUGAGGAAGUGGAGGGAUGGGUUAGAGAGUUUGCUGAUGACACAAAGGUUAGAGGUGUUGUGGAUAGUGUGGAGGGCUGUCAGAGGUUACAGCGGGACAUUGAUAGGAUGCAAAACUGGGCUGAGAAGUGGCAGAUGGAGUUCAACCCAGAUAAGUGUGAGGUGGUUCAUUUUGAUAGGUCAAAUAUGAUGGCAGAAUAUAGCAUUAAUGGUAAGACUCUUGGCAGUGUGGAGGAUCAGAGGGAUCUUGGGGUCCGAGUCCAUAGGACACUCAAAGCUGCUGCGCAUAUUGAUCCUGUGGUUAAGAAAGCAUAUGGUGCAUUGGCCUUUAUCAAUCGUGGGAUUGUGUUUAAGGGCCAAGAAGUAAUGUUGCUGCUAUAUAUGACCCUGGUCAGACCCCACUUGGAGUACUGUGUUCAGUUCAGGUCGCCUCACUGCAGGAAGGAUGUGGAAGCCAUAGAAAGGGUGCAGAGGAGAUUUACAAGGACGUUGCCUGGACUGGGGAGCAUGCCUUAUGAGAAUAGGUUGAGUGAACCCAGCCUUUUUUCCUUGGAGCAAAGAAGGAUGAGAGGUGACCUGAUAGAGGUGUAUAAGAUGAUGAGAGACAUAGAUUGUGUGGAUAGCCAGAGGCUUUUUCCCAGGGCUGAAAUGACUAGCACGACAGCACAUAAUUUUAAGAUGCUUGGAAGUAGGUGCAGAGAGGAUGUCAGGGGUAAGUUUUUUUUCCGCAGAGUGGUGAGUUGAUGGGCUGCCGGUGACCUAUGGGUAACCCCAUGUAAUUUCUAAGGUAAGGACCGCACUGUGCCGAACAUGUCCUUACCUGAGAAAUUACCUAGGGUUACUCAUAGCCCUCUAUUUUUCUGAGCUCCCAUGUACCUGUCGAGGAGUCUCUUAAAAGUCCCUAUUUUAUCUGCCUCCACCACUGUCACCGGUAGCCCAUUUUCUGCACUCACCACUCUCUGCAUAAAAAAAACUUACCCCCGCAAUCUAAAUUGCUAAAACAUUACUUUUAUUUCUAAAAGCAGUAAGUGAAACAAAAUAAAAAUUGCAGAUGCUGGGGAUCUGAAAGAAUACAAACUCAGCAGGUCAGGCUGUAUUUGUGGAAAGAGAAGCAGUUAACGUUUUAGUUCAAAGUCUUGACAAAGGUUCUGAGUAUUUUGAGCCAGCAAUGUGGAUAACAUUCCUGUACAAGUGCAUUGUUGAAUGUGCUGUAGUUUAUAAUCUCAUUCAAACUGUUGUACUGGCCUCAAUACACACAAAAUGUUCAAGGAACUCAGCAUGUCAGGCAGCAUCUAUGGAGGGAAAUUAGCAGUUGACAUUUCAGGCCAUGACCUUUCAUCAGGACUGAAAUGUUGAUCGUUCAUUGUCUUCCAUAGACCCUUCAGUUUAUCUAGUCUGUGGCAAACUGUUAUACUGCCUAGCCCCAUUGACUCACACCUGGACCAUAGCCCUCCCAUCCAUGCACUUAUCCAAACUUCUCUUAAAAGUUGAAAUUGAACCUGCAUCCACCACUUCCACUGGCAUUUGGUCCACACUCUCACCAUCCUCACGCAUGGUGUAUUCACCCUCACAAAUGAAUAAGUUCCCCUUAAAUAUUUCACCAGUAAACUAUGACCUCUAAUUCUAGUCUCACCCAACCUCAAUGGAAAAAGCCUGCUUGUGUUUACCCUGCCUUUUCCUUCAUAAUUUUGUAUAUCUCUAUCAAAUCUCCCCUCAUUUUCCUGCACUCCAGGAAAUAAAGUUAUAACCUAUUCAACCUUUCCCUAUAACUCAAAUUCCAACCAAACAGAUUAACUAGACACUGCUGCUUAUGGAGUCCUGCUGUGAAAAAUGUGGAAAUCACAUUACUAAUACCAUGAUUCAUUGCCUAAAGUUGGAAACAUCUUCCUUGCAUCUCUUUGAGAUUGAAUGUAGCUUGAAAUAUCAACAAGGCCAAAACAAGUGCAAGAAUCCCAAGUGAAACAAAAACUGCAAGGUUCCAGCCACUGUAUAUUCCCAUGACUAAAACUUCGCGACUUUGCAAAAUUUGCAAUCUUAACAAAUAACAGAAAAUAAAUAGUGCUGCAAACACUUCGCACAUCCACUAGUAACAAAGCUUAUUUUACCUGGGAUCCUUGCACACAUACAAAUAGGAUUAAUCACUGAAAAGUGACAAGCACAAAACUGUUGGACUAAAAUACUUUAGUUGUAUCAUCCAAAACCGUAUCAAGUUCACAAUCUUCAAUAUGUUUUUAUAUGACUGUAUUAGAGAUUCCACUCAACAUGGCAAGUCCCCUCACCAUUGGAACUGGAAGUUCAUUGUAGCAACUGUACUCCUACAAUAUUUAUUUGCAGCCAACAAUGAUAUGGACCAAAUGACCUGUGGCAUUGAAGAGCUACUGAGACUAUUCCCAUUUUCCAGAUUUCAGCUUGUCAGGAUACAUCAACUGGUUACCUCAAGCUAACAGCUAGUACCUCUUAUCUCUAUGCUUGGUUUCUGGCUUGAUAUAUGAGGCUCCAUCUGCUUCCUCAGGCUGAUAGAAUUUUUUUCAAAAGGAACGGGAGAGUGCAUAAAAACAAUGUUUAAUGUUCAAACAAUGUCCAAUGCAAAUGAUCUGCUCAUUUAUUUCAUUGCCAUUUGUAGGAGCACCCCUCCUACAUCAUCCUCAAAAUGGCUGCUGAGUCUUAUAUUACAUAAAGGUUAUGUGAAAGGUGCUAUAUAAAUGGAAGCAAAACAAUAGAAAUUCAGGUAUGAUUGAGAUUUAAAAAUGUAAUAUUGUUGCUGAAAAUAUUGUAUUAUUUUUAAAAAAUAAAUACUUUUCUCUAUAAAGAAAAAUACACUUUGGUAAUGCACUCUGCAUUUAUUUUUACUCCCAAAAAGUUCUGGCAAACAAAUAGUGUUGGGAUCUGCAAGCCCUUUUAAAUCAAAAGAACAGAUGAACCCAUACAGCAUUAAAUUUGCCCACUGCCUCCUCAAAAUUAGCUCUAACUUCAACAAUGCUCACAGUAAUGGUCAGCUAAAUUUCACUAAUGGCUUAGAAAUGUCUACAUCAAACAAUCUAGCCAUAAAGGCAACAAGUUGUAACAUACUUAUUCAACCUUAAAUAUCUUAAGUAGGGUUGGGGGAAAACUAUUGAAAAAUAAGUUUAUAAUGCAAGAGCUUAUUUAAGACUUCAUAAAAUGAAAAAUUAAAUGAGAAAAUGCUGGAAAACUAGUCAGCAAAUCAAAGACCUUCCAUGGUUAGAGUAAGGGGGGGGGGGUUAACAUCAGACUUUUCUAAGGUACAUAAAAUGGACCUGGACUGGAACUUCCACAAUAACUAUUUUUGAGAUUCUUUACCAAAUUCAACAUAACAUUGCAGCACAAAGUGCAAUUGGCACAUGCACACAAUUAUAAUUUUCGUGAUGUCAUUGGAUGGAUUCACUGUACAGACAAUAUCCAGUUUUUUUUGUGGGGGGGGGGUCACUGACUGUAAUUUUAAUCAGCAAGCGUUCCUAGUUUAUGUACAAGUUUCAGAUUGCACAAGGUUCAAAUUUGACAACCUGGGGUUUAAUAUGCCUUCAUAAUCUGCUUUUAGCCAAAAGAAAGUUGCUCUCACUUUGAAAUGGUCCAUGGAAAAGGAUAAAGCACAAUAAAAGAUUUAAGCUUAAAAUAGGUAGAUGGUUGAAUAGGUUAUUAAAAAGUGAAAUUAAAGUUAGAAGAAAAAUGUGUAGAGUGUAUUUUUAAGUUAACGCAUUGAAUUUGAUGUCAAUGUUUUAAUAAUAAAGCUGCUCCUGAUGUUGGAAUAGAUGUAUUAUGCUUUUACCUAGUUCCAGUUUUAACUUCAGUUCUGAAUCCGAGUGGCUUAUCUGAAAUGAUCCAUAAAUUUAUCACGUCCAUCCAUUUACAUUCACCAAACUCCUUCAACUAUGCUUUGGAACAAAACUGUCUUUGCUGUUUCCUGGGAUUUUCCCCCCUCCUACAUCAUCCUCAGUCUCAACCAUAGAAGAUAGAAUAAGUACAGCACAGGAACAGGCCCUUUGGCCCACAAUGUGUUGAAUCAGUUAAAAAGUAAAAAAAAAACAAAAACUAAUCCCUCCUACCUACACAAUGUCCAUGUACCUCCAUCUUUCUUAUAUUCAUGUGCUCGUCUAAACAGCUCUUAAAAACCUCUAAUGUAUUUGCCUCUACAACACCAGGCAGUGCAUUCCAGGCAUCCACCACUCUCUGAGUAAAAAUCAUAACCCUCACACCCCCUUUGAACCUACCCCCUCUCAACUUCAAUGCAUGCUCUCUGGUAUUAGACAUUUCUACUCUAGGAAAACGAUACUCCCUGUCUACUCUAUUUAUGCCUCUCAUAAUCUUAUAAACCUCUAUCAGAUCUCCCUUCAGCCUCCACUGCUCCAAAGAAAGCAAUCCAAGUUUGUCCAGCCUCUCAUGAUAGCACAUGCCCUCUAAACCGGGCAGCAUCCUGGUAACCCCCUUCUGCACCCUCUCCAAAGCCUCAACAUCCUUCCUAUAGUGGGGCAACCAGAACAGUAUGUAAUACUUCAGAUGUGGCCUAACCAGAGCCCUAUAAAAGUUGCAACAUAACCUCUUGAUUUUUGAACUCAGUGCCUCGACUAAUAAAAGCAAGCAUUCCAUAAGCCUUAACCACCCUAUUAACCUGUAUCGCCACUUUCAUGGAGCUAUGAACUUGGACUCCAAGAUCUCUCUGCUCACCAACACUGUUAAGGGUCUUGUACUGCCUCCUUGCAUUUACCAAGGUGCAACAUCUAACAUUUAUCUAGCUUAAACUCCAUCUGCCAUUUCUCUGCCCAUAUAUGGAGCUGAUCUAUAUUGCUUUGUAUUCUUUGCCAGUCUUCUACACUAUCCACAACUCCACCAAUCUUGAUAUCAUCUGCAAACUUACUAACCCACCCACCUACAUUUUCAUCCAGGUCAUUUAUAUACAUCACAAACAGCUGAGGUCCCAGCACAGAUCAUCACUAAUUACAAACCUCCAGCUCAAAUAGGUCCCUUCCACCACUACCCCUCUGUGUUCUAUACACAACUCAGUUCUGAAUCCAAAUAGCCAAUUCGCUGCAAACCCCAUGUAUCCUAAUCUUCUGGAUUAGCCUCCCAUGAGAGACUUUGUCAAACGCCUUACUAAAAUCCAUGUAGACAACAUCCACUGCUCUACCCUCAUGAAUCUCUCGUCACCUUGUCAAAGAUCUCAAUCAAGUUGGUAAAACGUGACUUGUCCCACCCCAUCUCAUCAUCAAGUACUCCAGCUCUUCACUUCCAUGUGUUGUAAACAUCAUACUUCUCCAAUAUAACAACCUCUACUCUAUUAAUGUCUUUAUGCAAACCUAAAAAAUUCUUCCAACACCCACCUCCAAAGUUCUCAGCAUACUGCCGCAUAGCUAUGCUCCAUCUGUCUUUAUUCUCCUUUCUUCUGGCUGGAACCUGUCUGACUCUGAACUCUACCAGACCAAGUUACAAAUGUAAUCUGCCUGUUAUAUUUCUCUUGACCUCUGCCAUCUGCAAGCAGGACCUGCCAAAUUUUGUAUUGGAGUAGUUUGAAUGCAUGGCUGAGGUGCUUGUUCAGAAACAUUUUUUGAAAUCCAGGAUUUUCAGAUAUAUACACAUUCACACACACACACACUCACAUAUAUAUAAAAAAUCAACCAACUACAAUGCACCAAUUCUUCUAGUUUUCCUAAACAAUCUCAAGGUGGUGACUCAGCAUCUCAGGAGAUUUAGAUCGGUCAAGUUGAAAACAGCAAGGGUGGAGAUCACCCUACUUACAUGUUAUUGUAGAGUAUAAAACAGCAGAUCAAUCUUAGAGCAUACACCU